AUGACCAAGAAGGCAGUAAAAGGAAGUGUGAUUGUUGAUCUCCUGCCAGAAAACCCAAUCCAAGAUUAUGAAGCCUUGGAUUUCGAAUUCCCCAAUGAGCAUGUCAAUGAGGUCAGUAGGAAGGACAAAGAAUCGACUGAUGCAUGGGAAAUGUAUUUCGACGGAGCAGUCAAUUUGUCUGAUAAUGGGAUUGGAGCUGUAUUGGUCAGAAAGUUGGAGGUGUACGGAGAUUCGACCUUUAUCAUUUACCAGGUCAAAGGGGAAUGGCAGAUUAAAGAUUCGAAACUGAUCCCAUACCAAAAGUACCUCCUGGAAUUAAUUAAGAAAUUUAAAGAGGUUUCCUUCUCUCACCUCAAUCGCGACAAGAACCAAUUUGCCGAUGCCUUAGCCACUCUAGCUGUCAUGGCUCAGAUGGAAGAGGGACAGAAAACACAGGUGUUGCAAAUCAAAACAAGGAGUGAGCCGGCUUAUUGCUUCAUGGUCGAAGAAGAAACCAAUGGUAAACCCUGGUAUCAUGAUAUCCAGGUCUACAUCAAGACCAAAGAAUACCCUACAGGGGCAAGCAGAAACGAAAGGAGAAUGAUUAAGAGAUUAGCACUGGGAUACUUCCCCAGCAGUGAAAUUUUGUACAAGAGGAGCUCCAAUGGAAAUGAAUGA